AUGGGGUUUGCAUUAUUCCAUCAACAUAUGAAUCAGCUAAUGUUAAAUUCAUCAGAGGCCACAUGGCGAACAUCAGUUUCUGGUAUUAUGGGUUCAACUUCCCUUGCAUGUUGGAUUGUAUUAUUAAUGCCUCAGUUAAUCGAGCAAUGGAGAUUAAAAUCAGCUGAUGGUGUUUCAAUUGGGUUCAUUUCGAUCUGGUUUUUGGGUGAUGUUUUUAAUUUAAUUGGAGCACUCUGGGCAGGGUUAUUGCCAGAAGUCAUAUUUUUGGCAGUUUGGUUCUGCAUUGCAGAUGCAAUGAUGAUUUUGUCGUAUUUCUAUUAUACUCGUAUGUAUCCAAAACAUCAUAAAGUGCACCAUCAUGGCCAUGAACACCACCACCACCACCAUGAACACGAGAGUAACCAAGUACGUGACCACGAAGAGGAUCAUGCCCAUCAUCAUCAUGGUGAAGAUGCUCCGUUAUUAAGAAGAAGAAGAUCAUCGACGCUUACAGAUAUCGCGAUAGAACCUAAGUAUCAUAGCAUUUUCAUCAAAUACGUGCUUCCAAUAUUUUUCGUAUUUGGUGCUGGCUGCUUAGGAUAUUUUUUAUCUGAUUCAAAAGAGCCAGAGGAGCCAAGUUCUAAUAUCGAAAUGGGUCCCCAGGUGAUGGGUUAUUUAUCCGCUGUUUUAUAUUUAGGUGCAAGAAUUCCCCAAAUUAUCAGAAAUCAUCAAAGAAAAUCGGUAGAAGGCUUGAGUUUAUUAUUUUUUCUUUUCUCCACCCUAGGAAAUAUAACUUAUGCCAGUCAAAUCAUUUUCUACAGAAGUGAUUCACAGUAUAUUAUAUUGAAUUUAAGUUGGUUAUUGGGAUCUCUUGGUACCAUUUUUGAAGACUGUUUUAUUUUCUUACAAUUUUACAUGUAUAAAGACAACAUCGAUAAGAAUGAAGGAGUGAAUUAG